AUGGAAUCGGAGUCUCCGGCGAUGCCGAUGAACACCAGACGCAGCGGCAAGGCCAAUUCCAGUAAUUAUGGAGCCAAAAGGUUUGGCCCGCAUGCCCCAUCUGCCCUAUCGGUUCAAAACUUUCUUGAUCUGAUGGCAAAACACGGAAUCCCCGACGAGGUCGAUCUGGUUCUUCCCGAUCCCGGACAGUCUCCGGAAAUAGUGCGACAAGGCUUUUGCUGUGCCUACAUGCACUAUUUCACCAGCUGCGAGCUAAAGUUUCCCAUUCCCUCGGUCUUAUUCGAGAUGAUGCCAAAUUUUAUCCGGCACAUCAUCAGGUUCACGGUGCUUGCUCGGGAGGAAGGUGUCGCUCUGAGCGUUCCGGAUUUGCUCUGGAUCUGCGAUGUUAAGCCCAAUUCUGUUGCACGAGGGACUUAUUACAUCUCUCCUUGCCCGAUUCUCGGGGUGCUUGAUGGCGUUUCAAUUAGGGAUGAUAAGUGGAAGGAGAAAUACUUCUGCUUCAAAAUUAUUUCCGAAUCGGUCGGCCGUCGCGUUUGGGUUUCCACUAAUUGGGGUUCCGGCGAUGGACUUAAGCAGAAGAAAGAACCUACUGACGACCGACUUUGUCGGCUAGUUGCAUAG